GUAUUUUAUUAUCACUCAGGUUUUCCUUGAUCUCUUUUGUUCUACUAGAUAUCAUUCAUUUCUCUGAGAACCUGGAUCACUUCUCUGAGAACAUGGAGGAUUUUUCCAAUGAACUCUUCAGCAGUUUCUUUGAUGAUCCAAUGCUGGUUGAAAAGAAUCCUCUGCUGGACAUGGACCUGGACCCUCCCACUCCUGGCAUCCAGGCAGAGCACAGCUACUCACUCAGUGGAGACUCUGCCCCCCAAAGUCCCCUCAUGCCUGUCAAGACUGAAGAUAAUGCUAAUGAUCUGGAAAGUGGAGUGUGGUCCUUAGGACACAAGCUGUGCUCCAUCAUGGUAAAGCAGGAACAGAACCUGGUCCCAGAACUUUCUGAGUCCCAGCUUGCAGCCAGUUCGGUGCCUGUGCUGAACCUCAACCCGCUGCAGAGACUACCAGCUCCUGAGGAGGCUCCUAUAGAAAUUAUUCCACCACCUGUGAUCAAAGCUGAGCCCAAGGAGGUGAACCAGUUUCUAAAUGUACCUGCAGAUGACUUGGUGCAGAUGCCUCCAACUCCCCCCAGCAGCCAUGGCAGUGACAGUGAUGGAUCCCAGAGUCCACAGUCCCUGCCUCCCUCCAGCCCAGUCCGGCCAGCUGCUCGUUCUUCUACUGCAAUCUCCUCCUCUCCUCUCCUCACAGCACCACAUAAAUUACAAGGGACUUCAGGUCCCCUGCUCUUGACUGAGGAGGAAAAACGCACCCUGAUUGCUGAGGGCUACCCCAUCCCAACCAAGUUGCCCCUGACCAAAGCAGAGGAGAAAGCACUGAAGAGGGUCAGGAGGAAAAUCAAGAACAAGAUCUCUGCUCAAGAGAGUCGCAGAAAAAAGAAGGAAUAUGUGGAGUGUCUAGAGAAAAAGGUUGAGACUUACACAUCGGAGAACAAUGAACUCUGGAAAAAAGUAGAGACCUUAGAAAAUGCAAACAGGACUCUGCUCCAGCAGUUACAGAAGCUCCAGGCUCUGGUGGCUGGGAAGGUCUCCAGACCUUAUAAAAUGGCUUCUACACAGACAGGGACCUGCCUAAUGGUGCUGGUGCUCUGCUUUGUUCUGGUCCUGGGAUCCAUGAUGCCAUGUCUCCCUGAAUUCUCCUCAGCAUCACAGACCGUGAAAGCAACCCCAGCACCAGACAUUUAUACAACCAGUAAGAUUCAGUCACGGAGCCUCCUGUUUUACGAUGAGGGUGCUGGCUCUCUAGAGGAGAGCUACAGCUCCUUCCUACCUGUGGAGCAUCCUGAUGGCUGGGAGACUGACAAGGGGCAGUCUGAGGAGAGGAGGCCUCAAGAGCGCAUACUUGGCCACCUGGCAAGGACACAUGAGACAGCCAAGUACCUAAGAAAGUCCCAGCUGGAGGGUCCAGACCAGAACCAGACUGACCCAACUCUCACUCACCUCAAAAAGCAGUUCCACGAAAGGGAGAGAAGCUCCAGUGACACAGCUGAAUAUUUGUAGCAGCUGCCGGACCUCAAGGCCUCAUCUGUCUGGAUGCAGGAUCCCCUCCUAGCUGAGUGAUUGAGAAGACUUUGUGGGAGAGGACACUGCAUUCAGAUGCUCCCAAACUGGUCUUGGGUUCAUCCCUCCCCUUCCUGCCUGUGCCCUCUUGUUAGUAUGGAACACUCUGAUGGGAGUCACAGUGACUGCCAAAAGCCAGCUUAUGCCUGGCAAAGCCAGAGGAGAAAGCCCCUUCCUCUGCUGCAAGUGAACAUUUGCCCAAAAGUGUGCUUGUUCAUUUGGGUCCUGGUCAGGAGGAGAGGGACUCUCUCAACAGCCUCCCUUCUGAGGGGGCGCUGCCCCAUUUUGCUUCCCUUGGUCACAUCAGAUGCAUCUGAAGGAUAGAGGAUGCCCUUGGCUUAUUGCCCCAGUGGAGAGGCUCAGGGGAUGGUAACUUUGGGGUUAGUCUGCUGAAGAGGUUGAGAUAAUUUCCUCCUCACCCCCUCAUUAAUAUGCUGCUGCCUCCUCUGAGAGAAGACCUAGUUCUUUCUUGAUCUAGUUUUCUGUCAGUGGAUGUGUACUCUUAACUUCUAAUCCUACCUGCUACAAAGAUCUGUGUGCAAACUUAGUGGGGGAGAGCUGCCAGACUGAUAAAUAGAUGUCAAAUACAGCCUGCAGCUCCUGGGAAACCAGAGCUCCAUAAGACAUGGUAUCAUUUCUCCUCCUCCUCCUCCCACUC